GCCAUGGCCAGCGCUGUGUCAAGCAACGGUGAGACCGUGAAAUUGUUCCUCAAGGAUUUAAAGAAACAAAUCCGAAAAGAGAAUGAAUCGUCCACCAAGAUACGUUCAUUUAACAAACUCCUCAAGAGGGUUCCAGAUACGUCACCGUACGGCCAGUGCAAGUUUGAGUUCUCCAUGAAACAGCUCACAGAUAACAAGAAACUCUUUGUAGACUCUAUUGUCUUUGUAAAGGAUGUUCCUUGGUCUAUUCACUUGGAGCCCCACAACUUGUUCUCCAACUCAGUCUCAUAUGACGUGGUUAUAAAGUGCUAUUUUCCCGGGGCACUCUGCCAGGAAGACUCGGAGAUAUUCGCCAGCAUCCGCUUCAGUGGUCCUAACCCUAUCAGUGCGGUUACUAAAACUCAGUAUUUUAGGCAAUCCCAGAAGAUGUUUGUGCUGCCUGAUUGUAUUUCUGAUACUAAACUGAAAGCAGCAAAGACAAACAAGGGGAAGAUGUUUGAGUUUGCUGUGACAAUCGAGAUUAAAACUGAUAAAAGAAAGAGACACGAGAGUAAACUACCACCAGCCCUCAUGAGAGUGAGCUUAGAGCACUGGGAGUACAUGUCAGAACACAUGAUGUCUCCUCAUCUGCCCUCUACAAAGGGGGUCACAUCUCCUAACGCUGUUAUCGCUCUCAGCGCUCUUUAUAACCUUCUGUCCGAGGAGACCAUGAGACUGAGCACAGGACAGAUGUGGUAUAAGAUGCUGGACUACGUGACCGGUAUAAUCAGUCGGUACUGGUGGAAAGACACGGCCUCUACUGGUACUGGCACCUCGCCAAGAGAUCUCCGGGAGUUUAUGAACGACUCAGGGUUGUUAGACCACGUAAUAUUCCUCCUAACAGCAGACUUCAGCCAAGGGUCCUGGUCUGCUUUGGUUCCCUGUCUAUUUGUUGGACUACUUACCUUCAGAGCGAACACUCUUAAUAAGUUUGAGGUCUUGUUGUUUAACGAUAAGGUCCUCAAAACAUCCCGGCUUCUUAUGGACAAAGUAAAGGAACGUAAAUACGGCACCAGAUUGAUUUCCCGAGUAGUACUGGACGCGCUCCCCAUGCUCUACAACACUACUGAAGGAGACGACACUAUCGUACAGUUCGUACACUGUCUGGCGGACCUCAAUCAUUAUUAUAACAUCAAGAAUACUCUACUUUUAGCCGGACGGACGGAUAACCUACAGUUGGUUGAGAGCUACAGGGCUGUAAAUACCGCUAAUACAGUCGUCAGCAACUUCUACGAAUUUUACCACAAGAUGGCCCUAUCUAUUAUUACCUCCAACAAACUACAGGCGCUACCCAUUGGUACAGCUCAACUCUUCCUGCGUACAAUCGGAGAAAACAAGAUAAACCCCUACUUUGACGCGGGCAGUCAGGCCUUUACCCUGAACAAUAUAACUAGACUCGUAUCUAAACACGCCAGUAGUCAACUGGUGGGAUUCUGGGUAAAGUGGCUGAAAGAUAACGCCAACUGUAACCCUCUUCUCUUCGAUCUAGUCCCUGCUGAGGUAUCAUACGAAGUUCCCUUCACAGCAGACUGUGGUUGUCUAGAAGUUACCUACCAGAACGAAAAAGUAGAAAUAGGCAAACUUAUGCCGCUCUACCACUCUAUCUACACAAAAUACUGGGAUAUGGUGGUCAAACCUCUUAACGCUGUUAAAAAUGCUCUCAGAUACGGGGGAUCCAGACAGUCCGUUAGAAAUGAUAUUAAUAAAAUUGAUCAAGUUAAAAUAAGAGGAAAUUCGUUUCAUAAAAAUAAAGAGUUCCAGCUGGCAUUAGUGGAAUACGAUAAAGCAAUUGAUAUGCUAAUGGAUCUCAAACUCAAGUGUCAUGGAGAGUACGAUGAUAACCCGGAGGUACAGUACGAUAUUGAGAACCUCCUCACUAACUGUAGAAGUAACAGGGUCAGCUCCAACCUAGAACUAAGUCGGAAUGAGGACGCUAUAGUGGACGCUACUCUAGCUCUGAGAGAGUUACGUUGUUUACUAGAGGGGACUGAGCAGGAUUACUGGGAUAUUAUAGAGGAGAGGAAGGAUGAGGACACCCUGACGCGACGAGAUACAAAAGUAAGGUUCCAGAGAGUAAAAGCUCUAGUGAACCUAAAGCAAUGGGGCCCCGCCCUACAGAACAUAUUAAUCGUAAUAAGGCACGAGCAGUUUAAAGAACUAGCUACUGGAUAUUAUUACGAGUGUCUCACCAGGUAUAUUCAGCAUUAUAAGAACAUGCAGUAUCCUCCGUUUUGUGUGGUGUGUUGUACUUCAGAGGAGGAGGACGACAAAACUUAUCAUGAGCUACAAUAUCGAUGUAAGAAAUGUAAGCACCCCUACUGUUCAACAGAGUGUAAAAAGAAGGACGCACCGUCUCACAUCAAAUACUGCAAUAACCUGACCAAGCUUUAUCAGAGCCUGGUGAAAUCUAAGAUGUAGAGCUGAGAGGGAGAGGUUGUUGUAGGAUGGGUGCAUGUUGGAAUCUAUUAAUAUAAUAAACAGUAGUGGUUAACAAUAAAAUAAAGACUGUAGAAAGCAGAACGGUUUUCAGUUUAUUUAUAUGUAAAUUAGCUUAUUACACAUUUUUUAAUGAUAAACGUGUUAAAUAAAAACUUUUAAUAAGGGGUAGUUCACAUAUAAUGUAAUCAGUCGAGGAGAGGUUGUGAAAUGAUUGUGGAGGGGGAAGGGAGGAGCCUGGCCCUGAUUACUAAUCAAAAAUCUUUCCUUCUCAAACUCAAGCUUUGAAGAAAAUCAUCUUCACAAUUUUUAAAUAUCUUAAAUUCAGCGGAUCUUGUCUUGUUUCAAUUUUCUGUGCCCAGUUUUUGCUUCUCAUUUCUAAAUCUUUAAAUGUACGUGUCCGUAUUAUCUCUUCUUAGACUCAUUCUCAGUGAGGUAUGUGUCUGUGUCUUCAUUCUCAGCAAGGUAUGUUUCUGUGUCUUCAUUCUCAGUGAGGUAUGUGUCUGUGUCUCCAGUCUGUGAAGUCAGGUUAAUUAAUAAUAAAAAGUACUACGAAGCGAUACAUUUUCCAUUUAACCGGCAGUCAUCUCUCUUUUUGGGGAGGGGGGGGUUGAAAAUACUGCAUUUCUGAAUGCGGUAUUAUAUGUGAAUUACAUAUUGAAAAAUA